AUGACUCCUACCGAUUCCUUCCUGGCCAUCCCGGGCUCGGUGGCGUUCUCUCGUUCGCGAGGACUUGCCAUUGCUGCCAGCUUGGGAGUCAAGGACGUUCGGGCUCAAUUCAUCCACUACGUCCACCUUACCCAGCCGCUGGAUGAGCGUCAACGCGCUGUGCUGGAGCAACUGCUGCGAUACGGCGAUAUCACCGACGUUCCCCCCAUCUUCACCUCCGACGACGGCCAGUUCGAUACCUUCUACGUUUACCCUCGCACCGGAACUAUCUCGCCAUGGAGCUCCCAGGCUACCGGAAUCUCGCACGUCUGCGGCCUCCGCCAAUUUGUGAAGCGCAUUGAACGUGGUAUGAUGGUCUCCUGCCUUCGCAACGAUGCUGAGGACUACAAGACUGGAUACUUGGACACCCUGCAUGAUCGCAUGACCCAGAUCAUCAGUAAGGAUGAACCUGAGCUGAGCCAGAUGUUCUCUGAGCACGCUCCUCAGCCCCUCAAGACUAUUUCCCUCCAGGGUGGCAGUAAGUCCCCCAAGGAGGUCCUCCAGGAGGCCAACAAGGAGCUUGGUCUCGCUUUGGAUGACUCGGAAAUCGAUUAUCUUGCCGAGGCCUAUGGUCCGAACGGCGCAAUUGCUCGCGAUCCGACCGAUGUCGAGCUUUUCAUGUUUGCUCAGGUCAACUCUGAGCACUGUCGCCACAAGCAGUUCAAUGCCUCGUGGGUCAUCGAUGGCAAGCCCAUGCCCAACAGCCUCUUUGCUAUGAUUCGCAACACUCACAAGAAGAAUCCUGAAUAUACCGUCAGUGCCUACAGUGACAACGCUGCUGUUCUCGAGGGUUCUGAGGGUGCGUUCUGGGCCCCUAACACCACCACCGGAGAGUGGUCGCACACCAAGGAACUUGUGCAUUUUUUGGCAAAGGUUGAGACUCACAAUCACCCUACUGCCGUCUCUCCUUACCCUGGUGCCGCUACCGGAUCUGGUGGCGAGAUUCGUGACGAGGGUGCCGUCGGUCGUGGCUCCCGCCCUAAGGCUGGCCUGGCUGGAUACUGUGUGUCCGAUCUCUUGAUUCCCGGACACCGUCAACCCUGGGAGCUUGACGUUGGCAAGCCCAAUCAUAUUGCUAGCGCCUUGGACAUCAUGUUGGAGGCCCCUAUCGGUAGUGCUGCGUUCAACAACGAGUUCGGUCGUCCCUGCACGGCUGGUUACUUCCGUACCCUCUUGACCGAGAUUGAUAUUGGCAAGGGUCAGAAGGAGGUGCGUGGCUACCACAAGCCCAUCAUGAUUGCUGGUGGUGUCGGUACCGUCCGCCCCCAGCACGCUCUGAAAAAUCCCGACGUCGUCAAGCCCGGUUCUUUCCUUGUUGUCCUAGGUGGCCCCGCCAUGCUCAUUGGUCUUGGAGGUGGUGCUGCCUCUAGUAUUGCCUCAGGUGAGGGAUCUGCGGACCUUGACUUCGCCAGUGUCCAGAGAGGCAAUGCCGAAGUCCAGCGCAGAGCCCAAGAGGUCAUCAACGCUUGUGUUUCCAUGGGUGACAACAACCCUAUCAAGUUUAUUCACGAUGUUGGCGCCGGUGGUCUGUCGAACGCUCUUCCCGAGCUCAUUCACGACUCGGGCCUGGGAGCCAAAUUCGAGCUGCGCGAGAUUGACAGCGCCGACCGAAGCAUGAGCCCCAUGCAGAUCUGGUGCUGCGAAGCUCAGGAGCGUUACGUCCUUGCCGUUGGCGAGGACAGCAUGAACAAGUUCACUGCUAUUGCUCAGCGUGAGCGCUGCGGUUUCUCGGUUGUUGGUCGUGGAGGCGGUACUUCCGAGGAGGAGAAGCGUUUGAUCCUGCUCGACCGGGAGUCUAAGGAAUACCCGGCUCCCAUCGAUCUGCCCUUGUCUGUGCUUUUCGGCAAGACGCCUCGCAUGACCAGGACCGUUGACUCGCGCAAAUUGACUCUGCCUGCUGUGGACUCCAGCCUCAUCAAGUAUCUUCCUUCGCUUACUUCGAAGACUGAGCUUGUUGGCGAGGCCGUCAACCGCGUUCUGUCUCUGCCGGCCGUCGGCUCUAAGUCUUUCCUGAUCACCAUUGGUGACCGUACUGUCGGUGGUCUUACUGCUCGUGACCAGAUGGUUGGCAAGUGGCAGACCCCCGUUGCCGAUGUUUCUGUCACUGCCACCUCUCUGCUUCAUGGCGUGAAGACCGGUGAGGCUAUGGCUAUGGGUGAGAAGCCCACUUUGGCUCUGAUCUCUUCCAGUGCCUCUGCCCGCAUGGCCGUCGCUGAGUCCCUGAUGAACCUUGCUGCUUCUGACUUGGUGGACCGCCUCAGCCGCGUUAAGCUCUCUGCUAACUGGAUGUCGGCUGGCAGCCACCCUGGCGAGGGUGCUGCUAUCUACGAGGCUGUUGAGGCCAUUGGUCUCGAGCUGUGCCCCAAGCUUGGCAUCAGUAUUCCCGUCGGAAAAGACUCUAUGUCCAUGAAGAUGAAGUGGAAGGACGAGGCUUCGAAUGAGGCCAAGGAGGUCACUGCGCCUAUGUCGCUCGUUAUCUCUUCCUUCGCUCCGGUCAGCGACUUCCGCAAGACCUGGACCCCCGCUCUCCGCAGCCUCGAGGACGUGGGAGAGACUGUUCUCAUGUUCGUCGACCUUGGAAUCGGCCGGAAGACUCUCGGUGGAUCUGCCCUCGCUCAGGUCUUCAACGAGGUCGGCAAUGAGUGCCCCGAUAUCCAUGACGUCGAUCUCUUCCGUGACUUCUUCGACGCCACUCAGCAGCUGCAGGAGGCUGGUAUUGUCUUGGCCUACCACGACCGCUCCGACGGUGGUCUGCUGACUACUCUUGCUGAGAUGAUGUUCGCCGGCCGCUGCGGUGUUGAGGUCAUGAUCGACAACAUCUGCUCUUCCUUCCACACCAAGGACGUCGUUGAGUCUCUCUUCAACGAGGAGCUGGGUGCCGUCUUCCAGGUUCGUAAGGAGCAUGAGAUUCAGUUCCGUUCUGCCUUCGCCACCUGCGGUCCUCCUCCUGGCCUGAUCCAUAAGAUUGGUCGUGUCUCCGAAAAGUCCAAGCAGAACCUCACCAUCUACCACAAGGCUUCUCUGGUGUACCGCAACACCCGGUCCAACCUCCAGCAGACCUGGGCCAAGACCUCCUACCACAUGCAGAAGCUCCGUGACAACGCUGAGUGCGCCGAGCAGGAGUUCGCCAACAUCCUCGACGAUGCCAACCCCGGUCUGUCGUGGAACCCUACCUUCGACCCCAAGGAUCAUGGCCUGCCAUUCAUGACCAGCCUCUCUCAGUACUCGCCCUUCACCAACAAGCCCCGUGUCGCCAUUCUGCGUGAGCAAGGUGUCAACAGCCAGGCCGAGAUGGCCUUCGCCUUCAACACCGCCGGCUUCUCCGCCGUCGAUGUCCACAUGACCGACCUCAUCUCAGGCCGCGUCUCCCUAUCCACCUUCGCCGGUCUCGCCGCUUGCGGUGGUUUCUCCUACGGUGAUGUCCUCGGCGCCGGUCAAGGUUGGGCCAAGUCAGUUCUCCUGCACGAGAACACUCGCAAGGAGUUCCAGGCCUUCUUCGAGCGUCCCGACACCUUCGCUCUCGGUGUCUGCAACGGUUGUCAGUUCUUGUCUCGUGUCAAGGAGCUUAUCCCCGGUGCCCGCAACUGGCCCAGCUUCGAGCGCAACACCAGCGAGCAGUACGAAGGUCGUGUGGCCAUGGUCCGCAUCUCCGACCCCGACCCUUCGCGUCCCAGUGUCUUCUUCCACGGCAUGGACGGCUCCUCAUUCCCCAUUGCCGUUGCUCACGGCGAAGGUCGUGCUUCCUUCGCCGGUAGCCCGUCUAUGACUGCCAAGGACUUCGUUCGCGAAGACCUUGCCCCCGUCCGCUACGUCGACAACGCCACCCUUAAGCCGACUAUGACCUACCCUUUCAAUCCCAACGGCAGUCCCGAGGGUAUCGCAGGUGUUCGCAGUCCCGACGGCCGUGUCCUGGCUAUCAUGCCUCACCCUGAGCGUACCGUCAUGGGCGGCAUUGCCAGCUACCUGCCUCCCCACGCCGAGGAGUGGGGUGAGAUUGGUCCCUGGGGCCGCAUCUUCUUCAGCGCCAGACGCUGGGUCGGUUAG